GCAGGUCUAAGUGUUAUGACACCUCGAAUGAUUCCGAGUUCCGGAGCAAAGAACCCCUACCUGGAUGCUUGGCUGCCAGUGUCUUUGCAGAGCCCAGCUCUCUUCAGUGCCUUGCUGUUCUCUACCCUUACGCAUAAACUUACGCUUUGCCUUGUAAAUGACACAUUAACGCCCGCCGCUAUUGAACGAGACAGACAAUCGAUACUCCUGUGUCAGCAAGAUGCUGCGACGAUGACCAACCUGACACUCAAGCAUGCUGCAACCGCACUCACGGACGCAAGUAUCCUUGCAGUUCUGAUGUUAACAGAAGCAGUCUCCACGCCCCAGGAUCGAGAUUGGCGUGGUUCCUCACCGUUCAAUGCGCCGCUGCAAGGUCUGCAGUGGCUGAAUGUCCAUGGAUCCCGUGUGCCGCAUUUGUCCCAUCAGGCGGGCCUCUGCAAGCUGGUUGCCCUACGCGGCGGGCUGCAGAAUAUCAGCAUACCCGGGGCUUCGCUGGCAAUUUUCUACCGGACCUUGGUGAACUCCACCUUGACCCUCACAAAGCCUCAGAUCCCGUUCUACUCUGCGGGCGGACACGGGAACUCGGACUGGCGUUUUUACUUCAGUCUGCCUGAAGGGUGUUUCGACCAGGGAGUGCUGGAGUUUGCGAAAGUCGGUCUACCCUUCUCUCUCGCUUGCGUAUUUCAAGGGUCUGUCAUGUACUCCAGCAUGGUACAUGCGUAUGUGAAUGGGGACCACGCACCACAUCAUACAAGCUUGCUAUGCGACAUCCGCAAUCUGGUCCACUUCCAUGUCAUGUCGCUGCGGCCGGGCGACGAGUUCGAGGACAGCAAAUGCUAUCCCCUGUACGAAGCCUGCAGGCUGGCUCUCAUGAUCUAUAGCGUGGGGGUGAUUUUCCCCAUUCCGCCUGUCGGCUCGCCUCUUCCGCUUCUCGCACUGCGCUUACGCGAGGAGCUGUGCACCAGCAGUUAUUUUGAGAAAGAUGCCUCUGAAGCCGACGAUGGGCUUCUAGCUUGGAUCAUCGUGAUGGGCGGCAUAGCUGCACUUGGGACUGAGGAAAGGCCGUGGUUUGCACAGCGGCUUGCAUCGGUUGCCAAUGCGAUCUCAGCAUCGAGCUGGAGCAUCCUCCGAGCGCAGCUCAAACUCUUCCCCUGGCUAGCCUGCGCGUGCGACAAUGCCGGAGAACGACUAUGGGAGGAAGCUCACCACAUCGAUUUGGAUCCUGCAACGGACACGCCAGGUAGCCAUCGCUACACAACGCGACCCCAGCCCUGUGUGCAUUGCAGCCGGCGCAGAGUCCGAUGCGACAAGACACGACCGUGCCGAAACUGCGUCAAGCACGGUCUUACAUGCGAAUACAAGCCCUCGAGGCUCGGAGAGGGGCGCGAAACGCCCACUACCGCGAAAACACAGGUCUGCCGCCAGUGUCGGCAGCGGAAGGUCAAGUGUAACGGACAGAGGCCCUGUCAGGCGUGCCAAAACAUGCGAGUCUCUUGUUCUAAUGAAGAUGCGAUCGACUAUGAGCCAAACUAACUAAAUGCAUACACUUGUGUCCUGCUCCUGCUCUACAAGAUGGAGCUGAAAUUGGUUCGCUCACAGUAUUCUGCGAACGAGGUCAUCUUGAGACCGAACUUGUUUUCUGUUA